CACUGCCAGCCCUUACGCGCAGGCAUUCGUAUCUUUGGCGAGUAGAUGUGGCAGAAACACAGCACAAUGACCAGCAACCACUACAAGAAAUCGUACGAGGAAACACGCAUGCAAACUGGUAAGCGCGACCACCACAUGUGUUUUCGUCAAGUUAACGUACGAACACUGCGAAAUCGAUGCCACCAUGAAAACGGCGAUCAGGAGUCAGUAUCCGACGAGAAGAACUGCCGCGUUCCUGCGUCUUUGCCUUCCUCUUCGCAAUACCCAGAAACUGAUGGUGCUCGCCACAUCCCGUGCUCUGACUCUGAGCCUUCUCAAUCAAGUGCAGUCACCCACCCGCCACCAUACGUCAACUCCAGCCAGGAGGGCGAAGAGCCCGCAGGGAAAACGAACGUUGCCGCGCUGUCCAAGGACGCCCAACUGCUGUUGCUGCAAAGUCCUGAAGCUACAAGUGACUCAGAGGAUGACUCCGCGCGGAACUGCUUAUCUCCCGACCAGCCCACUGGUUACCUCAACGGGGCUGCGAUCAGCGGACCCAUGUGCAGGAUCUGCCAUGAAGGCGAUCAAGAGAAUCCACUCGUGUCCCCCUGCAGCUGCACUGGCACCAUGGGCUUCGUGCAUGUGUCCUGCCUGGAGCACUGGCUGAACGAGCAGAACGUUGACAUCUGCGAGCUCUGCGGCGAGCAUUUCCAGAUGGCGGCCCAACCCAUAAGCGCGCGCCGGUUCUUCGACUAUGUUUGGCAGAGCGAGGGGCGGCUGCGACAAGCGUUGCUGAGCGACCUUGUCUACUUGGCCAUGGUGACAUCAGCCAUAGCGUUCUCCUUGGUCAUGCUGGUGGCAACGUUGGAAGUGCUUGAGUCGAAUGGUCUUGCCUGGCAAAUAGUCGUGGUUUUCACAAGCGGCGCAUUCCACGGUUAUUUCCUGGCUGUAUCGUUCCGCAAGCUGCGCAGCCGGUACCAUUCGUUCAUGAGGUGGCAGUUGGAGAAUCCGGUGCGCCGGGUCGUGGCAGUGCCGACGGUCAUAGAAAUGAGUGUUGACCCGACUGAACGCGACGACGCGAGUGCAGCCGGAGAGCCAUCGACGUCCGGUUGACGUUGUCUCCGCUAGCAUCAACAGGACAGGACAGGGCAUAUGGCUACUGCAGAGCGUCAAGAUAGAGGCGGCUAUUGAACGCUGUUGGAACCGCCGCCAAAACCGCUUUGCCAGAAGACCUGCCAUCUAGGCCUACGGGCUGUAGAAGACAAGCUACGUGCUUGACUCUUGCGGACUGUGAAGAGGUAGCGCUGAAAGCAUCGAGGUGCUGCUCAUGUUGCUUGAUCAUUUUAAUGCUCGGGUUUGUUGAAGACGAGCUAUUUCUUAUGAAGAGUAUAGGCUUGGGCUGGUUGGUAAUACAGUUACACUAGAAGCAUAGCGCGGGAAGGAUGACCGACAAAGACUAGACUAGAACUGUCUAGUGUUUGUUGAUCGUCCUUCCCGCGCUAUGCAUCUGGUGUAACUAUUUCUUAUGCGAUUUAUUUUCAUUACCUGUGCUUGAACAUCACAAUCACAAGCGUCGUAUGCCAAUAUUGUUUUAGCAUUUUUUAAUGGUCCACUUUCGUGCAAACAAAAUCCUGAAUUUUAUGUAAAAUAAAAGGUGUAAUCUACGGAUACAAUUACAUUUAAUUUGAAAUUUUUCAAGCGGUAAUACUAGUCUUUCGUAUUCACGUAUAGUGAACCGGAAAAGCAUUGGCUGGUAUGAAUCUGUAUCUACGCGCCCUUCUGGCCACUAUCGUAUUACCUGGAGCAAGAGACGCGAACUAACUCAUUGCUACGCAGACGCGCCAGUUCAUCAACGAAUAAAUGGUAUUUGAGCGCUCGGCAAGUAAUACUUUCGCUCUCUGACUCGUUCAUUCGACGUGUUAAACCACUGUAUAGGCAAUCGAAAAGCGAUAAAGCGCGUCUGUGGCUGCUACAAGUCACAAUCAGCUGGACGUGCGUGAGCAUCUCAGGCUGCAGCUAUCCGCGCAUUGCAUCACAUUAAGAAUGGAUGUCAGCUCGACGAGUGAGUUUGCGUAUUUUUUUAUUUUUUAUUUAUUUGUUUUUUUAUUGAAACGUGUCUUUUGAGAUCACCUGUGAAAAAUAAUGCAAUUGUAAAAUGCAAAAUGCAAUGCAAAAUGUAGACUGUAUAUGAAGAGGCAGGCAUUACUUGUAACUUGCACCACAAAUUUAAUUUGCCAUGUAGCUAAUAAACGAAAUGCGCCAAUAUCGUAUUUCUUUUCAAAUAUUCACUUCGUCAGUUUGUAGAGUUUGUUUGCGAAGUCAGUUCUGUCCAGUAGAAUUCGUUAGAGUAGAAUCACUUUCUAGAUAUCCGUCCCCAAAGUAUGCUAAAUUAUACAUAUUGGCGUUGCAGACAUUCUCGUUCCGAACUCUUCGAGGGAGGCUCUUGUUCCAACUUAAUAGCAGCGCCAAUAUAUUUUGUACUAUAUUUUUUAUGACGCGUGUGUCAUAAUUGGUGAAAGUCUUAGUAUUUCCGUUAAGCAUGAAUGACCGCACAAUUUCAAAAUUUAACGGAAAGGGAACAAUGAAAAAGUUCAUCUGGAAAUAAUUUCACCCCCAAUGCUGCUUGAACAUUGAGGUUCACUGCGCAAGUUACGUCAGCGAUCUCUGGUAACCAACCUGAACCGGCCAAAUUGGAAUUUGAGGGCAA